GUAUUGACGUUUCAUUUUUGGGGGCGGGCAUCAUCUUCUUCGAUUGACCGAAAUACGAUUAAAAAUGCUGUAAUUCGUCAAUCCUCAUUAGUAUUUGGUCAGCUAUUCAAAUACUAACACCUCAUGUUUGCAUCCAAAGAAUAGCAGGGUACAGUCAAGAUGAUCGGUGGGUUGUUCGUGUACAACCACAAGGGCGAGGUGCUGAUCUCGCGGGUGUACCGCGAUGACAUCGGGAGGAACGCUGUGGACGCGUUCCGGGUGAACGUGAUACACGCCCGGCAGCAGGUCCGCUCGCCCGUCACCAACAUUGCGAGGACCUCGUUCUUUCACAUCAAGCGAGCCAACAUAUGGCUGGCGGCAGUGACGAAGCAGAAUGUGAACGCAGCCAUGGUGUUUGAGUUCCUCCUGAAGAUCAUUGAUGUGAUGCAGUCCUACUUCGGCAAGAUCUCCGAAGAGAACAUUAAGAACAACUUUGUUCUUAUCUAUGAACUUCUUGAUGAGAUCCUGGACUUCGGAUACCCUCAGAACUCAGACACAGGAGUGCUGAAGACAUUCAUCACUCAACAGGGCAUUAAGUCUGCCUCUAAGGAAGAACAAGCUCAAAUCACCUCCCAGGUGACAGGGCAAAUCGGAUGGAGGCGCGAGGGCAUCAAAUACAGACGCAAUGAGCUCUUCCUUGAUGUGCUGGAAUACGUCAACCUCCUCAUGUCGCCUCAAGGGCAAGUGCUAUCAGCUCACGUGGCUGGCAAAGUGGUGAUGAAGUCGUACCUGUCGGGCAUGCCGGAGUGCAAGUUCGGCAUCAACGACAAAAUCGUCAUGGAGGCCAAGGGCAAGGGGAAUGGUGGCAUCUCCGGCAACACGGACAGCGACCCGGCGCGCUCCGGCAAGCCGGUGGUCGUCAUCGACGACUGCCAGUUCCACCAGUGCGUCAAGCUCAGCAAGUUCGAGACAGAGCACAGCAUCUCCUUCAUACCUCCCGACGGGGAGUUUGAACUCAUGAGAUACCGCACAACAAAAGACAUCUCGCUGCCGUUCCGCGUGAUUCCCCUUGUGCGCGAAGUGGGCCGCACCAAGAUGGAAGUGAAGGUGGUCCUCAAGAGCAAUUUCAAGCCCUCGCUGCUCGGACAGAAGAUCGAAGUGAAGAUACCGACCCCACUCAACACCAGCGGCGUGCAGCUGAUCUGCCUCAAGGGGAAGGCUAAGUAUAAGGCAUCUGAGAACGCGAUAGUAUGGAAGAUCAAGCGCAUGGCGGGCAUGAAAGAGACUCAGCUGUCGGCGGAGAUCGAGCUGCUGGAGACUGACACCAAGAAGAAGUGGACGCGCCCGCCCAUCUCCAUGGGCUUCGAGGUGCCCUUCGCGCCCUCUGGCUUCAAGGUCCGCUACCUAAAAGUGUUCGAGCCCAAACUGAACUACUCGGACCACGACGUGAUCAAAUGGGUGCGUUACAUCGGCCGCUCCGGCCUCUACGAGACCAGAUGCUAGACCACUGAUUAAUUUCUUGAAUCGGACUCGAAGCUACAAAAGGCGCGUUACAUACUGUUUAUAUCUAAUGUUAACCGGGCCAGCUAGAUAAAAUCAACCCUAUGGCCAUUGAGUUAAAGUUGGAAGUCGCUCAAACAUUGUAAUCGGUUAAGGGCAUUGUGUUGAACUGAAAUCAGCUAGCAAAUUAUUGGACCAUGAAAUGCCCUUAUCAGAAUAUACAAGUUGUAACUGUGAAAAAGACAUAUAAUAUUCGCUCGGCUCUUGACACUGACUUUUGAGCUAAUUCAUUUGUUUAAAGAAGUUUCCUAACAUCCAAGUUAUGAGUUUUUUUUUUUAAUUUUUAUAUUUUUAAGUAGAAUAUUAUUAUUUUUAUGCCUGAUACUGGGUAAAAUAUAUGAUAUGUCUGUAUAUGAUUCUUAGAGGGCUGGCAAUUAAUGACAUUUUAACACAUUUAGGGCUAAGAACCCGACUGUCGGGUACAGUGUUUGUCGCGACUACGCGCUACAUACGGCGAGACCGUGGCUACGCGCUACGAGCGUAACCCGUAGCAUUUAGUGGCAAUGAAUGUGUUAAAAGAUUUGUUUGUCAUUGUGUUUUCAUAAAUGGCUUGGUAUCUGGACAGUUUCUGGUUUCUGAGCAGCGCUCAUUCGCCCAUCUACCAAUAAAGUAUGUAUACUUAUACCAUAUAUGUAUAUAUGUGUAUGCAAUUUAUAUCAGUCCUCUAAAGAUUAUAUGUAUAUUGUUUUGUUAUGUACACACUAUAAUGUAACAUGUAUUUGUAAGCCACAUCGAAUCUCAAAAUGAAAUGUUUUUAUGAAAUCUUAUAUUUAUUAUGAUUUUGAUUGUGGUGACACAAGUAGGAAUUAAAUUAUAAUACAUCUGUAUAUUUUAUGCGAUUUAGGAUUUUAUUGCAUCGUGAGGUGCUUAUUUGUAUUCGACCAAAAAAUGUAAGUAUUAUUAUUGCAGUAAUGUGUCCAAGUUACUUAUGUAUGUAGUAUAUCGUUUUUGAAUACUUAUGCACUCGUAAUAUAUUGUGCGAUAUUCAUAUAAACCAAAAGGGAUAUUUUUUAGGUUUUUUAUAAAACUCAUAAUGCAGACAAACAUGUUUUGUCCAUUUUUAAUUCAAUUCCGUUACAGUUGUUUGUAUGAAAUAUAUUAAGAUGAACCUAAGUUUGAACGUAUCUGUCGAUUUUUAAUGUAUUCUAAAACAGUGGUCCGCUAAAGCCCAACACGUAUCUGUAUAUUUGUUUUUCUGCUAUAUUUUCCUGCGGGUAGAUAUAGAAUAAUGUCGUCGGCAUCAAAUUGACUUUAUAUUACGGCGUGUUUUUUGCCACAAAGUAACUAAAUGGACUCCUUAAAAUGAUAACUAUAAAAGUGUGAAAGCGACAUAUUUCGAUAUUUCGUGCCCCUCAGAAGCCCUUCAUCAGUUUCGCCUCGAGCUAAACGCCGCCGAUACAGACCAUCCAAUCUGAUUCCGACUACAUUUUAUAGUUCGAAUAAUAUAAAGAGUGUGUCGUAAACUACCACGUUAACAUACCAUUCCUAUGUAGAAAUGCCUUCGUUUCAUUUCAUAACAAGAUAUUGAACUAAAUAUAUAAAUUAUUGUAUACUUUUAAAAAGUAUCACUAAAUAUAAUUAGUGUUAAUUAGAUUUAUCGUAGGGUAUUCGCUUGGUUAUCAUCUUCGAAACACGCAUAACAAUAAGCUAUUAUGGACGGUCAAACUUGAGCUAAAAUAAGCCUUAUUGCUCGGGGUGAAGAUCUAUUUUAACGCAACAUUUAACUGAUAAAAACUUAUAACGGAAUUUUGGAUAGAUACGAGGUAUCUUACUAUACAAAAGACGCACCAGUGGCAAGGCAAUAUUCCUAUCGGCUAGCCUAUUUCAUGACAAUCAAGCGCUUUAAUCUACAGGCCUAAAUAAAAUAGCAAGCCGCCGCUGAUACGAUACUAUUUAACCAUAUAAUAAAAGCAUAACGUUCUUCAUUAAAGUAUUAAAAAAAUUGUACACCGUGUUUUUAUUGAAUUCCGUUAACUUCGGGGUAUGGUUAAGUACGUUUAAGAGAACUAAAUGGCAUAGUUAAUUUUCAAAAAAAAAUUUUUUUUUGCUUUAAAAAAAAUUAAGUUUAAAAAGUAAUUAAAUGUAGCAUGUAGCGUUGUUGUAAGACGGUCAUUACAUUUAACUCAACCAAACAAUUGAAAUCUGUGACAUAUCAAUGUCAUUUUGAACAUCGAUCGACCGAGAUUGUACUUAAGUUUAGUAGCAAUUGUAUGAACUCAUUCUAAACACUAAUCAAUAUGUAAACCGGCCCUAAGGCAAGUGUACACGCUUGUAGAGGCCUUAUAGGAAAAAAAUAAAAUAUUGAUUAUCUCCGAAAUGGAGUUAAUUAGAAUAUCGGUGUCUUUGAGAAAAUUACUUGAUUUAAGCUGAGGAAUGCACCCUUGAAAUUAACGGAAAACAAAAAAAAACACGGUGUAUAUUGACCGUAGAAAUAAAAACGUGCGUGUUUCGUAGACGCUCAGUGUAAGUGCAUGCUGUUAUAGGAAAUGCUUAUAUGUAUGGUGUUACAAAAAGGUUCAUGUACAAUAAAUGGUAAACACAA